AUGUCGCAACUUAUGAAAGUGGGGGCCAAACGCACCCCCUUUGGCACGUUUGGGGGCGCAUUGAAAAGCAAAACCCCCACCGAGUUGGGCGAGAUAGCGGCCAAGGGUGCUCUUCAGGCUGCCGGUGUCAACCCUAAACUGGUCAACUCAGUCACCGUCGGCACUGUUAUCCAGAUCGCCGCCAACGACACGCCAAUCAUACCGAGAGGUCUAGUCUUACGACUGGGUAUACCUCUGGAGGUGCCGGCGCUUUGUGUGAACAUACAGUGCGGCUCAGGCUUUCAGGCUAUUAUGACGGGCGCUCAG